AUUAUAGAGCUCUAUAAGAGCUGUAUCCAAAUCAAGCACAUUGGUUAUGCUAGUCCGCUGGUGACUGAAAAUGAAGGUGAUAGUUUGUCUGGUGCUGCAGGCGGUGUACGUAGCGGGUGUGAUAAGGAAAAGUGCUUUAAUGAACAAAUUGAUCGAUGUAAAGCCGGUGGGCCCUCACGCAGUCAAAAAAUUCGUGCCACUGACGGAGAUCCCUCCUCCACUGGGCGCUCAUGUUCACCCAGACGGGCGCCGCCAUCUUGAAGACUGCUCGCCGACACCGUGGUCCCAUAACGUCGUCGAUGAAGCCACGGUCCAAAUCAUUGGAGACUACUAUGACGACCAUAACGAGAAGACGGUGGCUACGGUUAUUAUACCAGAUCAUAUUGACAUAAAACAUUUCGAAGUGACGACCCAAGUCCCGUACUUCACCGUCGGCACUAUAGAUGCUUUAGGCUAUCACCCCACCAAAGCUCCGGCGCUGAACGACUGCGAGAAGAUCUACCAGGACCACAUGAACGAGCAGUACUCGGAGGGUUCGAGCAGCGACUACUCCGAGGAGUCGCUCGAGAUGGCCCGAGUGCCGGUCCAGGCCAUGGAUUCUCAGCAAGCACCGAUGGAUGUAUAUGACGACAAAAUUUACCAAGAUCCAGACCAAAUUAAUUAAUUUGGCGGUUAUUCUUGCUCUCAAAUGAAAUAUCGCUUUAUUCCUUAGAGCAUUUAAUAACCGGAGUCGCCUUUAAAGAGCUUACCCCUCUGCCGAAAACCUUGCACAAUUAUGCAAACUUUUGUAUGGACUGACAUGACUAUUUGUACCUUACGUACAAAUCGUGUAGAAAUAGCAAUACAUUUGACCCCGCAAAAAUCGGCAGACUGUUUUGUACAGGAAAUGACAGCCAAGGCGUCUCCAGGUACUUACUAACUGCUCUAAGAUUUAUUCUCACUUACGCAACACACGUGGCUGACAUUUUGCAUAAAAUAUCCGCCCACAGUUGUUUAUUAAUUUAUUAUAUUUUAAAUCCAAUUUUAGGUUCGGCGGUAAUGUGACGAACUGUUUUAUAAUUUUGUACUGUUUGCUAAUAAUAUAUCAUAAAUAUUUUUA